CAAGUGAGGAACAUUCCCUAGGGAUGGUGGUGAAGGCAGUCUCUGAAAUUGCUCAUUCCAGAAGGCUGCAGAAAGAGACUUGCACCACCUCAUCUAGGUCUGUGCUGCUCAGGGCUGGCACUCCAGUGGUGCUAUGGUGCAGGUGGCCCUUCUGGGCCUUUUAGGAGGUCCACAUGCAUUGUGCGCGGGCCCAGAGGAGUGAGAUGCUCUCUCCCGCAUUGUAUGUGGGAAACGUAUUUUAUACGUUUUACGUUGACUGGUAGUAGAGCACGGUAUAAAAACUACCCGCAAACAAUGUGUUUACUGUAUCAAAUUCUAAGGUAUUUGUUUCUGCAGCAUUUCCUUUCCAUUCCUUCUUUAAAUUCUGGGACCUGGAAUGUGUCUUGACCCACCAUUUCUCCAACAGCAAGCCAUCUCCCCAACCCUGUCUUCACUACCCUGCCUCUACCAACAUUUGCUUUCCCCCUGGACCCCAACGUCUUUUUGUGGAGGGUGAAGGGACUAUGGUGCAGGAAGGGGAUUUUUUGCACAAAGAAACUCAAACUUUUCAUUACAGUAAACUCGGAAAAUAUAAGGGAAAAAUUCACCCCUAGAUUACUGUUAACAUCUAGUUUGUUUACCUCUGCUCAUUUUCAUAAUUAGCAUGUCAUGAUGUCACUGUUCUCCUGCCCUUCCCACCACAUUUCCACACCUGAAGAGCAUUCUUAUGUGGUCUAGUUAUUUUCUCUUACAGUAAAGAACACUCUAAGGAAAUUGCUGUAUCCAUCCUGUCUAGUCACUAACAAAGACAUGGUAUGUUUUUCUUUCUCAAUGUAGAGAAGUCAUUCAGAAUUCAAAAGAAGUUCUGCGAUUAUUGCAAGAAAAAAACCCUGCCUUUAAGCCGGUUCUUGCCAUUAUUCAGGCAAGUGAUGACAACUUGAUGCAGGAAGUCAACCAGAAUUUGGCAGAGGAGGCCGGCCUGAACAUCGCUCACAUUUGCCUUCCUCCGGAGAGCGGCGAGGACGAGAUUAUAGAUGAAAUCUUGAAGAUUAAUGAAGACACGAGAGUUCAUGGCCUUGCCCUUCAGAUCUCUGAGAACUCAUUUAGCAACAAAGUCCUCAAUGCCCUGAAGCCAGAAAAAGAUGUGGAUGGAGUAACAGAUGUAAACCUGGGGAAGUUGGUGCGUGGGGAUGCCCAUGAAUGUUUUAUUUCACCUGUGGCGAGAGCUGUAAUUGAACUUCUUGAAAAGUCAGGUGUCAGCUUAGAUGGAAAGAAGAUCUUGGUAGUAGGGGCCCAUGGGUCUUUGGAAGCCACCCUACAAUGCCUGUUCCAGAGAAAAGGGUCCAUGACAAUGAGCUCCCAGUGGAAAACGCCUCAGCUUCAAAGCAAGCUACAAGAGGCUGACAUUGUGGUGUUAGGCUCACCCAAGCCAGAAGAAAUUCCCCUUUCUUGGAUACAGCCAGGAACUAUUGUUCUCAACUGUUCCCAUGACUUACUCUCAGGGAAGCUUGGCUGCGGAUCCCCAGGUGUACCCUUCAGUGGUCCCAUCGCGGAAAAUGAUGUGAGCCUCCUUGCUGCAGCUCUGCGGAUCCAGAACAUGGUGAGCAGUGGAAGAAGAUGGCUUCGCGAACAGCAGUACACGAGGUGGAGACUUCACUGCUUGAAACUUCAGCCACUCUCCCCAGUACCCAGUGAUAUUGAGAUUUCAAGAGCACAGACGCCAAAAGCUGUGGAUGUCCUUGCCAAGGAGAUAGGAUUGCUUGCAGAUGAAAUUGAAAUCUAUGGCAAAAGCAAAGCCAAAGUAUGCUUGUCCCUGCUGGAAAGGUUAAAGGAUCAAGCAGAUGGAAAAUACGUCUUAGUUGCUGGGAUUACUCCCACCCCUCUUGGAGAAGGGAAAAGUACAGUUACAAUUGGGCUUGUACAGGCCCUGACCGCACACCUGAACAUCAACUCCUUUGCCUGCCUGAGGCAGCCUUCUCAAGGGCCAACUUUUGGAGUCAAAGGAGGAGCUGCAGGUGGCGGGUAUGCCCAGGUCAUUCCCAUGGAGGAGUUCAACCUUCACCUGACUGGGGACAUCCAUGCCAUCACUGCUGCCAAUAACUUGCUGGCUGCUGCCAUCGACACAAGGAUUUUGCAUGAAAAUAGUCAAACUGAUAAGGCUCUGUUUAAUCGCCUGGUUCCUUCAGUGAACGGUGUUCGAGAAUUUUCAAACAUUCAACUUGCUCGGCUGAAGAAACUGGGAAUAAAUAAGACUGAUCCAAGUGCACUGACAGAAGAGGAAAUGAGGAAAUUUGCCCGUCUCGACAUCGACCCUGCCACCAUCACGUGGCAGAGAGUAUUGGAUACAAAUGACCGAUUUCUACGAAAAAUAACGAUUGGGCAGGCAAACACAGAGAAGGGAUAUUCCCGGCAGGCGCAGUUUGACAUCACGGUUGCCAGUGAGAUCAUGGCGGUGCUGGCCCUGACUGACAGCCUCAAGGACAUGAAGGAGAGGCUGGGAAGGAUGGUGGUGGCCAGUGACAGAAGUGGGCAGCCCAUAACAGCAGAGGAUUUGGGGGUGACAGGUGCUUUGACAGUUUUGAUGAAAGAUGCAAUAAAACCAAAUCUGAUGCAGACCCUAGAAGGGACGCCUGUAUUUGUGCAUGCUGGCCCCUUUGCUAACAUCGCCCAUGGCAACUCUUCAGUAUUGGCUGAUAAAAUUGCCCUGAAACUAGUGGGUAAAGAAGGAUUUGUAGCAACUGAAGCCGGCUUUGGUGCUGAUAUUGGCAUGGAGAAAUUCUUCAACAUCAAGUGUCGAGCUUCUGGUUUGGUGCCCAACGUAGUGGUGCUGGUGGCGACAGUGCGCGCUCUGAAGAUGCACGGAGGUGGGCCCAGUGUAACUGCCGGUGUCCCUCUUAAGAGAGAAUACACAGAGGAGAACAUCCAGCUGGUGGCAGAUGGCUGCUGUAACCUCCAGAAGCAAAUUCAGAUCGCUCAGCUCUUUGGGGUUCCCGUUGUCGUGGCUCUGAAUGUCUUCAAGACUGACACCCGGGCUGAGAUCGACUUAGUGUGCGAGCUGGCGAAGCGGGCUGGCGCCUUUGAUGCAGUCCCUUGCUACCACUGGUCGAUGGGUGGAAAGGGGUCGGUGGACCUGGCGUGGGCUGUGAGAGAAGCUGCAAGUAAAAGAAGCCGUUUCCAGUUCUUGUAUGAUGUUCAGCUUCCAAUUGUGGAAAAGAUAAGAACCAUUGCCCAGGCCGUCUACGGAGCCAGAGAUAUCGAACUCUCUCCUGAGGCACAAUCCAAAAUUGAUCUUUAUACGCAACAGGGUUUUGGAAAUUUGCCCAUCUGCAUGGCAAAGACCCACCUUUCUCUUUCUCACCAACCCGACAAGAAAGGUGUACCCAGGGACUUCGUUUUGCCCAUCAGUGAUGUGCGGGCCAGCAUAGGCGCUGGGUUCAUUUACCCUCUGGUUGGAACGAUGAGCACCAUGCCAGGACUGCCCACGCGGCCCUGCUUUUACGACAUCGAUCUUGAUACGGAAACAGAGCAAGUUAAAGGCUUGUUCUAAAUGAACGAGACCCUCGCGGGCCUGAUUCAGGCUCCUGAAACUCAGACUAUUCCUUGCCUUUUGGCCACAGUUGGAGAAGAAAAUGAAUUUGAAAUACACUUGUUACGCAACGCUGGAGAAAUGGUAGAACAGGCCAAAGAUUUCUCCCUUCGGGACGAAUUCUCUUUGCAGCCGAGCAUAGUGUUCAGUGAAAGGACCUCCACCAAGUUUAAAAGAAACUAAUUUAUUUUCUGUUUCUGCAGAGUUUACAUUAUUUCCCACUGCUUACACUUGAGAAUGUUUAUUGUAUGGGGACCCAGCGAUUAAAAGAGUAUGAAAUAAAAAGUAACAUUUUCUCACUCUGGAGUUGGCUGUUUUGUCUUUGAACUGAAAAUAAAUGUGUAUUUACACAACCAA